CCGACGGAAGCGUAAACCUUUGCAAGAGGAAUACUUUCAGUUUCCUUUCUUCGAGAAAUUUUUUUUUCCUCAUUCUCUCUUCUUUGACUUUUAUCAGGCGACAUCCUGAGGUCGAGUCCAUCUGUUUGCUUCAACCUGGUGGUGCCCCUUCCUGUUGACAAAAAGGAGAAAGUAUGUCUGCUCCAGGUACUUCUGCUCAAACUUUGGACUUGUUCAAAGCCCAUAAAGUUGAGAUUUCUGCUGCAAUUAGCAAGUUAUUUCCUUUUCUCCAUGGCCUACGAGACAAGAAAAUAAUAUCUGAAGAAGAUUUUAAGAAUUGGGAAGAUAAGGGAAAGGCAAAUCCAAAUGAUAUUCAAGAAGUGGUAUACGAUGUCCUUGAGAGCAUUCAGAGCAAUCUGCCAGCAAUAAAGGAAAUCUUCUGCAGCAGUAACCUGAAAGCAUAUGAAGACUUAAAGCCACUAUAUGAAAUCCUAGGAAAUGGGACACAACAGCAAAAUCUAGAUUCCCAGGACAGGACACUGCGGGUAACCUGUGGAACAGCAGGAGUUCCCCAGAGGAAAAAUGAGGACGGCAAGCUACCUGAGCCAGCACGAGCUCCGCUGGAGAAAAAUAAGCCUGAAGAAUGUAUUGUGUGUAAGAAAGAAGAUUCACUGAUACACUGCAGUUCAUGCCCCAGAUGCUUUCAUGAUGAUUGCCAUAUUCCGAAAAUAUCUGCUAAGAAAAGAAAUACCGGUAAGUGGAAAUGUACCUUUUGCCAACACGAAGAUCUAGUCCGUGACCGUCCCCGUAAUAAGGACCAGGUUCUGAAAUUGAAUAUGCGUGGCAAGAGAAUUGUGAAAUGUGACUUACUGCUUUUGUGGAUCUGGUGUAAGCCCAAGAGUUGUCAUUUUGUUGACAAUCCAGCUACAAUACAAAAUUAUAAUGCCAUCGUAAAGAGACCCAUGUGGCUCAAGCGGAUAGCAGGGAAGUUACAUAAAAGAAAAGAAAAGUACGAUACAUUGGGAGCUUUCAAAAAAGAUAUGCACCUGAUGUUCAAUAAUUUCCAGAAGUUUUAUAAGGACAAUAAUGACAGGGUGAAAGAUGGAAAAGAACUGAAAUUUGAGUUUGAAAAGAAGUUUCGGGAAGUGUUUUCUAUUCUGUAACCAAUUUCUUAAAUGUGAGCCAGUUUCUCAGCUAACCAGUUUUCCAUGCAUUAUGUAAAAAUUGGAUAUCUGUAUAAGUAAUACUUAAUGACAAAUUUUAAAAAUGUUGCUUUAUAUAUGUAUAACUUCAUUUUUAUUACUCGGGAGGAUACAUAAUGCUACCUGCAGUCUUUAGGAUUUAGAAAUUGAAUUGCCAUGGGGAUUUUAGGUGGGUUUGCAGGAAGUACCGUACUGGGAAAAUUUAUUCUACGUGCUCAAGUUAUUUGGCUAAAGAGUCAGAUUUAUAUCAUGGCCAUAGCAAUGGUUUCUUCUAUUUCCUUAGCUUAAUCCAGGGCUUUUUCCCCCUUAAAAAUGUUUAGGGGUACUCUCAUUUUCCUACUCAUAUUGUAAUACUGCCUCUCAAUGAGGCCAAACUUAGAUUUGCAACUUAGAUAUGCAUACCCCUGUGUCCCCCCAUAAAAAGCACUCGCUUAAUCCCACCCUCUCCCCACAACCAAAAGCAGGUCCAGAGGUUCCAGCUGUUGCAAAACAUUGCAGCUAGAUUGUUGAGGAGAACAGAUUUUUUUCCUUUUAGUUUUUAUUUUAUUUUCCAGAGAUAUACACUAUUCAAUUAGAAAUAAAAAUACAAAAUAAUAACUAAAGAACAAACAAAAAUAAUAUACCCUGUGGCCUCCCUCCCCCAAUACUCAUCAUCUCUUAAUCUUUAAAUUCUUAUUAACAUUGCGUCUUUUGCUCUUCCUUAAUAUCCUUAAUAUAUUACUUUUUUCUAGUUCUACUUUACAAACUUGGCCUUUACAUAUCAACAUAUUAUCCUUAGAACAGUGUUUUUUAAUGUAAUCCUCAAAGCAUUGCCAUUCUGACCUUAAUUUCUGGUUAGUCUGAUGUCUUAUAGUUGCUGUUACCUUUGCCAACUCUAUAAAUUCACUUAAUUAACAUUCCCAAUCUUCCUUUGUGGGGAUAAUAUUUCCUUUCCAGUUCCUUGCAAGUAAUAGUCUAGCUGCGGCUGUAGCAUAUGAGAAUAAUCUUUUCUUGUUUUGUGGGAUAUCCUUUCCUAAAAUAUGCAAUAGGUAUACUUCUGGUUUUUUCUCUAUAGAAGUUUUAAACAUCUUUUUUAACUCUUCAUGAAUACAUCCCCAGAAUCUUUUAACUUUUUCACAGUUCCACCAUACAUGGAUCAUAGUCCCCUCCAUCUCCUCACACUUCCAGGAGAUUAGAUUUUAACAUAUAUAUUUUGGCAAGUUUGGAGGGCGUCAUAUUAUCUCCCCCACAUAACUCCAGUGCUCAAAAGUCUGCAGUGACUGUCCAUAUGCUAGCAGGCCAGGAUCAAUAUUCUUAUAAUGCAGGCAUUCCCCCCCCCUCGACUUAUGUGCGUGCCACUCACACAUGACCUUGUACAUGUGUGGUGCUGGGAAAUAAAUUAAUAAAUAAAUGGAAUCAUGCCAGGAAAGGAUGGGAGAGAGCUGGAGAGUCCUCGUGGCUCACCAGGAGCCUCUCCCCGAAGCCUGAAGAGGACAUAAGUGAAGGUGGAGGAAGUCCCAAAGAGUCCUGAGAUGCAGUGGAGCUUUGUUUAGGCUACCUAACAGCAGCUGCCUCCAGCCUCCAACCUAUCCUCCAGUCUCCAGCCAGUCCCAACUCUAGUUGAAGAGAGAGGGAGGGAGGGAGGGAGG